AUGAAUAGCUGCGGGGGACCUGGGGGCCCCGUUUAUGCCUCCCCACAAACACGUUUUGAUGAGGGUUCCUCAGAGGGCCCCCUUGACGCUGCAGCAAAGCUGUUGAGAAAGCUUUGUGCUGCUGCUGCCGUUGAUUGCUUCUGCAUCGGCCGUGCUGCUGCUGCUGCUGUUGCUGCUAUGGAGAAGCACCCAGAUGAGUUCGUACUGCUUCAGCAGCUAUGUGCGGCGCUGCUGCUGCUGGGGGCCCAGCAGCUCCCCAAGCCCAAUCUGCUGCAGCUGGAGGGCCCCGCUGCUGCAGCACCUGCAAUUAUUGGAGUGGAGGAGCUGCUGCUGCGUGCAGAGAGGGCACAGGGAGGCGCCAUAGACCACAGCAGCAGCAGCAGCAGCAGCAGCAGCAGCUGGUCCUUGUCAAGCAGUAGCUGCCAGGCCUCGCUGGUGGGAUGUCUCUUGCGUGUUCCAGGUGAGGGCGGCGGUUUGCUGCUAUUUGCUGCUGCUGCAGCACUGACGGAGCCCCAGAAACAGCCUGAUUCAAGAAGCAACAAAGAGAAGCAGCAGCAGCAGCAGCAGCAACAGCAGCAGCAGCAGCGGGAACGGAGUUCCCCUGCCGCAGUAGCGUGCACCACGUGGGGCACGUUUAGCAGUAGCGCCUUUGUGUCUCUGGAGCUGCAGCGAGAAGGGGCCCCCAAAGAGCAAGGGGCCCCCCUUGGUGCUGCAGCAAGCAGCAGCAAAUCAGCACAGCCCACAACAACUAGUACCCUUACUGGGCGCCUGGCCCUCGCGGGGGCCCCGGGGGGCCCCUGUCUCGUGGCUGUGCAGCAGUGGCAGCUGCUGGCUGCGCAAAGUCGCAGGCGCAGCCGCCCAGCGAGCUAUAGCAGGCAGCAGCAGCAGCAGCAGCAGCGGCGGCUCUUGCUGCAGCAGGCUGAGGCCACAACUGCUGCCCGCACAGCCAAAUAUCUGGGCGCAGCUACUAAAGGCCUCCCCCUCAACUUGGUGCAUUAUCUUGAGGGCCCACAGGGGCCCCCAGACCCCAGGAGGUCCCCCCAGGGGUCCAGGGGGCCCCAGGACCCCCGGGAGCCCCAGGGGCCCCGGGGGGCCCCGGGGCCCCGGGGGCCCCAGGGGCCCCGGGGGGCCCCGGGGCCCGAGGGGUCCCAGGGGCCCCAGAGGCCUGGAGCUGCCGGUGGUACUAGUAGAAUUAAAGAAGAAGCUGAAAGAGAAGGAAACAGAGUAAUGCUGCGAGUUGCUCCGGGAUGUCUUUGUUUUGCUGCUCCUUCAGCUGUGUUGGUGCCGCUGCAGCAGCAAAGGCACGGACUGUCAAAGCUGCAGCAAGCUGCUGAGGGAGCAGCGGCGCGGGGAGAUGCAGCAGCAACAACAGCAGCAGUAGCAGUACCAACAGCAGCAGCAGCAGCAGCAUCUGCAGCAGCGACCAACGCAGCAGCGGGGCUUGCUGCAAAUGCAGCAGCAAGGCAAAGUCAAGAGGCAGGAGGGACAGCAGCAGCACAACGAGGCGCUGCAGCCGCAAGCCGGGCAGCAGAAACAGCUGCAGGAAAAGUAGCAGCAGCAUCAGCAGCAGCAGCAGCAGCAGCUGCAGCAGCUCCUGCUUCAACUGCUGCUGCAGCGCCGCUGCAAAGUGGGCCCCACAGCCGUGCCCCCCUCGCAGACGCAGUUUCUAAGAGCGGGGGCCCCCCUCCUCCAGCACAGGGAACCCCCCCUCCAUCGUUGUGGGCCCCAGUUUCGUGCCCUCUGAGGGUGGCUGAGGAGGUUUCGCCAGUAGAAGCAGCAGCAGCAGUAGCAGGAGCAGCAGCAGGACCAACGGCACAUGCAGGCACUUCCAGCGCCCAGCUACAGCACGUAG